CCCCUCCUUCCCCGCCCUGAAAAUCGUCGUAUUUGUCGUCAAAAUACUUGCGCCAGACCACAACCGACUUUGCACUACACCUGCAUCUCUUUUCCAAAGUUCAGUCCCUCGAGAUCUGGACCGGUGCAUCACAAUCGUUGAGAUAUCCCUUUGAUUUUCUAGUCAACCCCCCCCAGAAAAUACCGCCAAGAUGUCGGAGGAAAUCGACUACACCCUUAACAACCCCGACACGCUCACCAAGUACAAGACCGCCGCUCAGAUCUCUGAGAAGGUCUUGGCUGCUGUCGCCGAGCUCAUCGUUCCUGGCGAGAAGAUCGUUGCCAUCUGCGAGAAGGGUGACAAGCUCAUCGAGGAGGAGCUUGCCAAGGUCUACCGCGGAAAGAAGGUCAACAAGGGCUUUUCCCACCCUACCACCGUCUCCCCAGCUUCCUUCGUGACGCCGUACACCCCGCUCACCACCGAUGAGGCCGAGGCCAACGCUGAGAUCAAGGAGGGCGAGCCAAUCAAGAUCCAGCUCGGUGCUCAGAUCGAUGGCUUUGGCUCCAUCGUCUGUGACACCGUCAUCGCAGCCAACAAGGACAAGUCCGGCGAGGAGAUCACUGGCCGCUCUGCCGACCUGAUCCUCGCCAACUACUACGCCAACGAGCUGCUCCUCCGGUUGAUGAUCCCACCCGGUCUGCUCGCUUCCGGCACCGACGAGGAGAAGGCCAAGGCCGCGUCUGCCAAGGCUCCCACCCAGCAGAAGAUUACCAGCUUGCUCGAGAAGGUUGUCAAGUCUUACGACUGCAACCUCGUCGAGAGCACCACCUCAUGGCUCUUUGAGCGCAACGAGAUCGAGGGCAAGAAGAAGAUUGUUCUUGCCCCCGCCGAGGGCACCAAGGGCGAUGGCGUUCCCGAGAUUGGUGAGGUUUGGGGUGUCGAGAUGGGCGUGAGCUUGGGCGCCGGCAAGAUCAAGACGUACGACCAGAGAACCACUCUGCACCGUCGCACCACCACCAACUACGGCCUCAAGCGCCCGACUUCCCGCAAGAUUCUCUCCGAGGUCCAGAAGAAGUUCGGCACUUUCCCCUUCAGCCUGCGGCAGCUUGAGGAUGAGCGCGACGCCAAGUCUGGUGUUGUCGAGUGUGUCCGCGGCAACGUCUUCCGCGCAUACGAGGUUGUUGGUGACAAGGACAACUCCCCCGUCGCCCGCUACCUCUCGACCAUUGCCAUCACCAAGAACGGCAUUACCAAGCUCGGUGCCCCCCCUGCUCUGGACCUCAACAAGGUCAAGUCGGACAAGAAGAUUGAGGACGAGGAGAUUCUUAAGAUCUUGGAGCAGCCCCUUUCCAGAAAUACGGGAAAGAGCAAGAACAAGAACAAGAAGAAGAAGAAGCCCGCGAAGAAGGCCGCCGCAGGAGGUGAUGAGGAAGAGGACAGCGACGAAGAGUAAGCCGAAAGUAGGAAACGGCGAUGACUGUCAAUGAGAGGAGCAACGGGGGGCGGCCCGAUUUUACAACCACAAUUUUUUGUCGUGAAAAUCAAAUGUGUGAUUCUGCUGCUGGGGCAGUCGAUAGGGGGCCAUUGCCAGGAUGAGGCCGGAUACAGGAACGCUCGCUCUGCAGAGUUGGAUGGUUGGCUGGCUGCGCAGCUGCUCAUCGGAAUGCCGAGGAGCGGCUCGCUCUUCUGAAGCUUCAGCCGGCCCACCGGCCGUACGAGCAGCCUAGGUAGCAUCCAACUGGUCGGCUGGUUCGUUUGAUAGCAUAGAGGUUUAAAGCCUGCCGCCAAACAAAGACAAGUCAUCUACGCUUUUUGCAUCUC